UACAUAAAUUAACAUAUCGAUCUUCAUUUGUAGAUCUCCAUCUCUAAGUUAAUCAGCUCAUACGAAAUAUAAUACGUAGUCCUACCUAUUUAUAUAUUACUCCGUAAUAUAUAUACCCUGACCAGACCAUACCUUAUUAUAGUAUUUCUUUUUACAGUACGUGUUGAGAUCAUCAUGGCCGGAGUAAGCAUCCCUUACCCACAGCAGACGACGCCGAUGGCUCCAGUCAUCGGCCCGGAAUUCGUUGCUCCCUACGGGGUAGAUCUGGCCUUUGUGAGGAAGGUGAGGAUACUUUUCCAACAAGAGAAGUUUGAAGUGUUGGGUGUGGACGGGAACGUGAUAUUCAAGAUCAAAAGCAACCUCUUCCUUAAUCGCGAUCGCAUACUCUUGCUCGAUGCCGCCGACAACCCCGUCGCCACUUUACAACAAAAUCUAUUUAGUCUACACAGUAGAUGGAAAGUAUUCAGGGGUAAAAGCACAGACCCAAAAGACCUUCUUUUUAGGCUGAAAAAAUCAUCUCUUUUCGGGUUCAAGACAAAGCUGAACAUAUACUUAGCAGCCAACACCAAAGAAGAGGUGUGCAAUUUUUACAUGGAUGGGAGCUGGAGCCGGAAAUCCUGCAUGGUGCAUGCACAUGGGGGUGGGGGUGGGGGUGAGUCCUCUGCAAUUAUUGCCCAAAUGCACAAGAAACACACGACUGGGAGCACAGCUGCUGGAAAAGUCAACUUCUGGAUGACUGUCUAUCCAAACGUUGAUUAUGCCUUCAUUGUUUCUCUUGUUGUCAUUCUUGAGGAUAUCCACCGGCAGAGAUCGCAGAACCAGCAAAUGGCAAACCAACAAAUGGGAAACAUAUAAAAGAGAGUGGAGAUCAGAGCCGAGAAAUGAAGGAUGUAUGGAUUCCAAAUAAUGUGUAUAUACAAAGAAUGUGCUUGUACUUUUGAAAUUAUAAAAAUGAUAUAUUCUUAUUUGUUUUUGGCUGUAAAUUAAAUGACACUGAGUACUAAUUAAGUAAUGUUAUAUUAUUUGUUACAUUUGUAUUGUUAAAGAUCGAGCUUCAAGUGAAGUUACAUUUCGGUGGGUUGGUUUCAAG